CCUAAGUGGCCGUCCUCGAACCUCUCCUUAUUCGUAUUUAACAAAAAAACACAAUAAACGAAACGAAAAUGGAACUAGGGAUUUCGAAAAGCCAUGACUAAAUCAGUCAACAAUGUCGACCAAACUUUUCUAAUUCCAGAAACUAAGCAUUACACAGCGUCUUCCUCCUUUUCGUAAAUGCAAUACUAUUUUUGACCAUCCACGUUCUUGGUGGAGCGCAUUACACACUGCGUCAGAAUCGAAUCUCACACCUUUUUUGGUUUCUUUCACCGUCUUUUUCUUAAAUUUUUCAUCUUUUGUUCUUCAAACCCACAAAAAAUCCAGAUCUGAUUUCAUCGGAUUCGUGGGUCCAUCGUCAAAAAAAAAUCAUGUGGUCGGUGAUGGGUUUGGCGAGACGUGCGGCGUUUUCCACCGUGACUAGAGGGUAUCCGACUAGGCCAUUGCUCGGAGGUGGUUGCAGAUGUCUCACCGUCGAAUCAAUGCCGGAAAAAGCCAAGGAGGAAGAAGAUAUAACUAUUACGGAGGCGAAGAAGCUGAUGAGGUUAGUGAAUGUUGAUGAGAUGAAGAAGAAGCUCGUUGGUAUGGCGGAUAAAGAGAUUGUCUCUUACAGUACCCUCGUUGAAGCUUCUCAAGGUUUAGGUAUCGCUAGAUCUCUUGAUGAAGCUCACGCUUUCGCUCGUGUACUCGAUGAUGCUGGUGUGAUUUUGAUUUUCCGGGAUAAAGUCUAUCUUCAUCCAGAUAAGGUGGUGGAUUUGAUUAGAAAGGCAGUACCCUUAGGUUUAAAUCCAGAGGAUGAUCCAAUCAGACACGAAUUUGAUAAGCUUAGGUGUAUGAAGGAAGAAAUAGAUGUUUUAGCUCAUAAGCAAGUGAGGAAGAUACUAUGGUGUGGUCUUGGUUACUCAAUGGUUCAAAUCGGACUUUUCUUCAGACUAACUUUCUGGGAGUUUUCAUGGGAUGUAAUGGAACCGAUUACGUUUUUCACUACAGCGACUGGGAUUAUUGUUGGUUAUGCUUACUUCUUGCUGACUUCAAGAGACCCAACUUAUCAAGAUUUCAUGAAGAGAUUGUUUCUUUCGAGACAGAGGAAGUUGCUCAAGAGCCGUAAGUUUGAUGUUGAGAGGUUUAAGGAGCUUGAGAAGAAGUGGAAGAUGACUUCAAGCUCUUCAUCUUGGUCUGCUUCUUGCCACGCAAACGCAUCGAUUCGGAAUCGUGUUGGUGUUGAUCUUGAUUUGGAGGAUUCUUUGCAGAGUCGCAGAGAUUGAUUCUAUCAGUUUUUGUGGUUUUCUAACCUUUUUCACUUUUGGUAUUUAUACUUAACCAAGUUUGAUUCUUUGGUGUCUAAAAAGAUCCAAAGAAUGGAAGAGGAAAUUUAGUUUGUCUUUGCAAGUAAUCUUGAGAUUUUAUUUUAUAAUCUUGAGCUACUGUUAUCUAUAAUCGCUGAUAAUUUUAAGUUUUAACUUUCAUUUUAAUGGUUAAGUUUAUGCCGG